CCUCGGUCCAGCUGUCAGCAGUACUUCCCAAUACCGUAAAACCACUAUAAGCAGGCAGGGAUCAUACGUACGAAAUGAAGAUCAAGGUUAUCACCAGGUCCUUGGACGACCACCUGCCCGCUUCCUCGGCGGCACCUCAUCCUCUCCAACGUAACCUCGACCCAGCCCUCCAUCCAUUCUCAAAGACCCGUGAAUACACUCGAGCAGUAACCGCCGCCAAGAUGGACAGGAUGUUUGCGAAACCUUUCGUCGGUGCGAUCGAGGGUCAUCAAGAUGGAGUGUAUUGUCUGGCUAGAGAUCCGAGACGGGUGGGCGUGGUAGCCGGUGGAGGCGGUGAUGGAGAGGUUAUACUGCACUCCCUUCCUCUCCGAAGACCUCUCCUCAAACUCCCUCAAGCCCACAAAGGCAUGGUCUCCGGCGUAACCUUCACCUCCCACACUUCGGACCGUAAACGAAACCUCCUCUCCUGUUCCUCUUACGACAUGACCGUCAAACUCUGGAACACCAUGAGGAUCUCCAACCACCUCUCCCACGUCGUCGAGAACGAGUCGGACCUCGACGAAGACGGGAUCGGCGGGUUCGAAGGGAACGCUUAUAAAGCUGCCGACGAGCAAGAGUUGGGGAAAGGGAUGUUGGAUGAAGAUCAGGCCAGGUUGGGGGAAGAUGGGAUGGACAUGGACGAUGAUGCGUUCGUCGAGGAAGAAGGUGGCGGGCUGAACAUCGUGGAUCAGGCAAAGAGGGAUGCGGCAGCGGCCAAGAUGGAGCCUUUGAUGGUGUACCAAGGCAAAUUCGGUUUCAACGGCAUCGACCACCACCGGACAGACAACAUCUUCGCUACGGCAUCCAACACGGUCCAGAUCUGGGACACGACCAAAUCCAGCGCGCUCUCCAACUUGCAAUUCUCAAAUUCGUUGGAGACGGUGACAAAAGUCAAAUUCAACCAGUCCGAGACGAGCGUGCUUGCGAGUAUCGGAAACGACCGGACGAUGUGUCUCUAUGAUAUCCGGACGGGCAAGGCGGAGAGAAGGAUCGUCAUGAACAUGAAAUCCAACUCGUUGGCCUGGAACCCGACAUUACCUACCGUCCUCCUGCUCGCCUCGGAAGACCACAACCUCUACACUUUCGACCUUCGUAAGAUGGAGACCCCGACCCAGAUCUACAAGGGUCACGUGGCCGGUGUGAUGAGCUGCGAUUGGAGUCCUACCGGAGAAGAAUUCGUUUCCGGCUCAUACGACCGAACGGUCAGGCUGUGGAACCGGGACCAAGGCCGAUCGAGGGAUACGUACCAUACCAAGCGAAUGCAACGUGUUUUCGAUACGGUCUACACGCCUACUGCGGAUUUCGUCUUGUCUGGGUCGGACGAUGGGAAUGUCAGGAUCUGGAAGACGAACGCCUCGGCUAAACUGGGACCGAUCGAUACGAGAGAAAGACAGUCGAUGGAAUAUCGACGCAAGUUGCGGGAAAAGUGGGGCAACGAAAAGGGAGUCCGGGAGAUCGAGAGGCAACGACGUCUCCCGUCAAACAUCAAGAACGCCGCCGCCCUCAAAAAGACCAUGUUGGACGCCCGGAAGACGAAAGACGACAAUCGGAGGCGACAUACGAGGGAGGGGCUGGAGAAGCCUUUGGCGGAGAGGAAGAAGGUCAUGGUUGCCGAGCAACAUUAGCGGGAAUCUGGGUGGUUCUGUUCGUGUUCAUGUCGCCGGUUACUGUACUUUUACCGUACCGUUAUGUAUUCGUUGUAUCCUCAUAUCACGCGGUACGAGUACCCUCUGUACGACAUUCUACACUCUAAUUAACUUUCCUGAGGGAGGUCUACCGAUUGUAGUCAUCGUCAUCGGUCAUCGAUCAUCGACCCGCCACCCCUCGUCGGUAUAGUAGUUUUCAAUUUAGCGUCCCUGGGGGACAAACCACGACUCAUCUCAUCGGCUAGCGAGCGAGGGUGCGGAAUGGCGCGAGCAGAGGUGUCAUCGGAUCGCAGUUCCGGAUGGGAAGGUUGGCGAGCAGUAUCUUCCCACUAUAUCUGAGUUCAUGGAUCAAGCAUCAAUCCA